UUGAAGUUUGCCCUCAGGCAAAAUGCGCCGAAAGAGUACGCGCCAAUGUUUCGUAAAAUUGUAAUAUUACCGUUCCUCGACGUUUGUCAACGAGUACUCGUGCAGUACGCGAAGACACAUUGGGACUUCCGUGUUUUCAGGCCUCAUUCGAAAAAACGCCGCCGUCGCUUGUUUUGCCGUUUCGACGUUGCUGCGCAGGAAAUGUAACGAUUUCCCAGUGUUCAACUAAUUGAAAUACGUACAAUAUAAAGUGUAUACAACGUCGAGAGUGAUGCACUAUGGGUAAACCACCCGAGGGUGGAGGCUUACGGCCGUUCAUCAUUAUCGGUAUCCUGGUACUACUUUAUGAUUCACAUGCACAGGAAUAUGGAUGUCCACCACAGGAAAAAAUUUUGCCAUGCAGGUGUUCAACGCGUGAUAUGGAAUUCCAAAUAUGGUGUAGUCACAGCGAAUUGCCGCGCGUCCUGGAGGGUCUGAAGGCAGUGAGUCGUUACGUGAGCCAUCCUAUCGACGAGCUUAUCCUGGAAAACAAUAACUUGCCGAGUCUACCUGGUCACGUGUUCGCAAGCUUGCGCGUGCUGCGACUCAUGUUACGCAACAAUCGAUUGGAACGUGUCUCGUCGGGUUGGCUCGACGGUCUUCACGAUUCACUACUCGAGCUGUUCCUCGUCGAGCCUGAUCUACGUUCCCUUCCAGCUGAUAGUUUGGAAAACCUUCAGGGCUUAGAAGCUGUCACCCUCCAGAGCAAGCUUAUCAAACGCUUGCCUAGCUUUACCGGACUCUCAAAGCUGCGAUACCUGCAAAUAAACUCACCAGGACUGAUCGAAUUGACUCCCCGUAAUUUUCGCGACCUGCCCUUCUUGGAGCAGCUCCACGUAUUUGGCAGUCCAAAGCUCACGCGCUUCGAGGCUGGUUUAUUACGCGAUCUGCCACGGCUUCAGCUGGUUAACGUUAGCGAUUGCGGCCUCCAGUGGAUUCAUCCGCGGGCCUUCAUUAACCUGCCGGAGCUCAAGGAGUUGGCCCUGCCAGGCAAUUUGAUUCAAGAAGCGACGAUGGUUGGUCGAGCCAUCGUUGAUAUACCGAGCCUUUCGGUUCUUCAGCUCGAUAGGAAUAAGAUUGUUCGACUGGCCGAGGGCUCCUUCGCCGAUCUACCCACGCUCUCCAGGAUAUCCCUCAGCUUCAAUAGAAUAACAGAGAUCUUUCCAGGGGCUUUCGAGCGUGUACCGUUGCUCCGCGUCUUGAAUCUCAACCACAACCGCAUCCACCGUAUCCAUCCGGAGUUUUUUGUGCAGCAUGGACGCGAGGUUAGUGGUGUCGAGGAGAUGUGGCUGAUGGACAAUGAUAUCGGUCACGUGUCCGAGAUUCGUUCCGUCCUCGACGCAACGCCACGACUAAAACUUCUUGAAGCGAGCUUCAACCAAAUCGAGGAUAUAGGAUACGGAGCACUAAGGGGACACCCAAGUCUCGAACGGCUUCAUCUCGAUUAUAAUAGGCUGAGCUUUUUGCAAAGAGAUGUUUUUGCGGAUAUGCCAGCACUUAGAGAACUUAGACUUAGAAAUAAUUCCCUCGUCAAUUCUCCGGAUGCGCCCUUCUGGGAUUUACCAGCCCUCAAGGGGUUAGAUUUGUCAGGUAAUUUCUUCCGUCACGUCGAGGCGCGUUUAUUGGCGAAUUUGCCAAACCUUAGACGUCUUGAUUUAAGUGAAAAUACUAUUGCCUUGGUAGAGCCGGACGCUUUUCUUAAUUUGCCAGCUUUAGAGCACAUAAAUAUGUCAGGAAAUGCUCUUUCCGUCCUUCACCCGAUGACGUUCCGGCAUCUGACGAAUUUAUACGAACUUGAUGUCGGAUGGAAUCGGUUGCUUGAAAUAAUACCAGGCUUACCCCGUAACAUGGAGCAUCUGUACUUACCGAUGAAUCGAAUUGUUGCGUUGCCAUCAAAUCUGGAUUCGCAAUCGUUAACGUUACCGCUUUUGCGUUCGCUCGACCUCAGCGCAAACGGCAUCGAGCGAUUGGUUCCAAGUGCUCUUGGUGCUUUACCAAGUUUGCGUAAACUCAAUCUUGGCUUCAACGCUCUUACAAUUCUCGAGGAUGGCAGUUUCGAAGGUUUAAUGCGGCUCGAGUUGCUCGACCUCAAGUACAACAGGAUUGACGAGCUGCACGCUAGAUGUUUCAGACCAUUGAGGAAUCUACUUGACCUAAACUUACGCGGUAAUAGAAUCGAACUUAUAAAGCCCGAUGUUUUUCAAGAUAAUGUUCGACUCCAAAGGCUUGAUAUUAGCAGAAACAAUCUUGCUCAGAUUCCUCAUAAGACAUUUGCCUUUACGAGGGAAUUACGAGAACUCUACGCAUCGCAUAAUGCUUUACCAGAGCUCCCGAGCUCGCUUCAUGGCCUCGAAGCUCUGCAGAUCCUGGACCUGAGCUUCAAUAAACUUACGGCUCUUGCGCCCGAAACGUUGAGCAGCCUCACGAGUCUCCUUGAGCUUAAACUCGUGCGCAACAGGAUUCGGGAGCUACGCGAGGGCGCUUUCGACAGGCUACCCCGACUCGCUCUUAUUGACUUGGAGAAUAAUGAUUUGGUGCUCAUCGAGCGCAAUGCCAUCAGAGCACUGCCAGAACUGCAGGCACUUAGGCUUGGCAAAAAUAGAAUUCAGAUGAUUCCCAGCGGAGCAUUUUCAGAAUUGCCGAUGCUUCAAAGUGCCGAGCUUCAAGAGAAUCGUGUGCAAGAAAUUGCUAACAACGCUUUCAUCAAUAUUCCGCAUCUGCUUUUGCUUAAUCUCAGUCACAAUCUACUAUCGAGCCUUGAGCACAUGGGGUUAGAAAGUUUACACUCGCUUGAAGUACUCGAUCUCAGUGACAAUCGCAUCACACGUGUGUCCAGUGAAAGUUUAGCCACGAUGGAGUGGCUCGUUGAGCUAAAAAUGGACAACAAUCGAAUCUGCAUAAUCCAAGGCUCACCAUUCGACGAAAUGCCAAGGUUGCGUGUCCUUAGCCUCAGAAGUAACAAGAUGGCUUCUGUCGCUGAAAACACCUUCAAACGGCUUAGGUCCAACAUUGCUGUUCUUGACAUCGAUGGCAACCCAUUAUCUUGCUCCUGUGGAAUGCUAUGGCUACGAGGCUGGUUACAACAGGCGUCGUCCGAGGGUCCGCGUUGCGCCGACGGCUCGCUUUUCCGGGAAAUUCGACUGUCGAAACAGGACUGCCAGCGGGAGCGACAGCUCGAGCCGCUCUACCCAGGCUGCGAGUCCGAAGGGUUGAGCGCGACCUCGACCUCAAUUUCACCGCACUACUCGCUGCCGUCUUGGAUGGAUAUGAAAAAGCCGUCACGGUUACCUGCUCAGGAUUCCGAUUACUCUUACAAUGACUACGACGAUUACCCACAGGAGGGUAACUCGACCGACAUCUCUAAUGCCCUCGGCGGUAAUGUAGCGUCGUCGUCACCCUCGCCGUCCUCGGUGAUGACAGUCGGCCCUCAAGCAACCGGCCAUAAUGUUCAAGUCGCGAGGCCAACAAGUCCCUCCAAAAGCCUGGGAGUGAAGAAUGUUACCGCUGCGGGUAACCGCAAGCCCACAAUACCGCCCUCGCCCAGUAGCUCUGGGUUUACUUUUUUCGGGGUACCGUUACCGAAUCUCAAUUUUAACCUUUGGGGUAAUGCAGCUAAAAAGGCUAAUAGAAAGGAGGAUAGUAAUGAUGCUUCUUACUCGAAUUCUUCGAAAUUAUCGGUAUCCUCGAGACCAGGUCGUAGUCGUUAUAGGAAUUUCCUACCCACCGAGCCAGAGAUCCAUCGGGGAGGUUUCGUGCCUUUACCACGUGGUCAAGGUGGUUUCAUCCCAAUCGUAGAUCCUCGAUUGGAACAACGUCCAUUUAAUGUAAACAACUCUGAUACUUCGAUCAUUUCAAAGAACUCGAGUAAAGAAAACGAGAACGGUAGUCAGAUGUUACAUGAGCGUAAACAUAUCAAGACUUCGAACUACAAUCUAGGCAAAAUAGAAAGAACAAAUGGACCGGUGACGAGCGGCCAUAAUCAUUCGCUAAAUUUAGGGAAUGCGAAAUCUCGUCAACCUGAUCGUAAUCGUGAAAAGUUUACGGGAGCUGUUUCUAUUCGAAGAGAGCCAAAUAGUGGUUCGACCAUAACCCAAGAUUCAAGCGUUGAAGCCCAUGAAACUCUCGUCUCAACAGAAAUAUAUGUCAAUGAAAGUAUCGAAGGCAUUCCAGAAGACGAAGAAAACAAAGAUGACAGGACGGUGAGUAGGAUCGUCUGGGAGUCGGAUAAGACAAGAAAUGUUAGUACGACGAUAAAAGAGGUACCAAUAGUUAAUGUCGACAAACUCCAUUCUAACAUAAAUAACACCAGCAAUGACAGAAUUAGUAAUAAUCGAUUAAAAGCAACAACAAUGCCAACAACAAUGAUCACAACGACGCAAGUUAUUAUUAAGAUAUUUUUAAUUUUUAACACAUUUUGGAUUGCCUUUUUAGAAAAUAUACAAAUUAUGCAAGAAACUUCAAUUAAACAAGCUGAUACAUCAACACCAAAUACUUUGAUAGCACAAACAUUGGACGCUUUGAAUUUGACACCUCAGGUUACAAGGAGUAUGGAAGCAUCUGCUUUAUCAGCUCUAUUAGUUCCUGGUGGACAGUUACCACCAGUUACCGUAUCAGGAACUAAUAUUCGACAAUUCGGUAGAUCUACCAUUACUAAAAUUCCUUCACCAUAUUUUGAACCAAACAAUGAUAAUAAUGUUCAAGAAAAAUUAAUCGAAAACAGAGAAAAUUUACUUUCCAAAGAAGACAAUCACCUGAGCGGAUCUUCGGUUGAUGAAACUGUUAAGCUCCUCGAGAACGAUAAUUUUAACUGGUACUUCCAACAUUAUAAUGACUCUAACUUGGAACCUUAUGUUGGUAUUAUUUACGGAGGUAAUUUGGCAUCUUCAGUAAAAGUCGAUCAUUUAUCAAUGUUUGUAUAUGCAUAUUAUUUAAUUCGAUACUUACUCUGAGAAUUCAUUAAUUUAAUUAUGAA